AUGAUGGUAUUUGAUUUACAAGCAGGUAUUCCUCGAAAUCAGGUUAGUAAAGAAAAAAUCAUUCCAGUUCAAACUAUUUUUACUGUUAAACGGGAUGGCACUCAUAAAGCCCGUAUAGUUUGUCGUGGUGACCGUCAAACUCCAUCCACGUACGGGGUCAUUAACACUGAUCUGUUACAAAUGGAUACUUUGAAAUUAUUGUUAAUGAUUGCUAACAAUAAUAGGAUGGUGGUACAAACGUUAGAUAUAAAUCAUGCAUUUUUAUAUGCUGAUUUACAGGAGGUGAUCUAUAUACCACAUCCAUACGAACCAAACAAAGUGGUUCAACUGAAUAAGGCCUUAUACGGUCUUAAACAAAGUCCCAAAGAAUGGAAUGAUCAUUUAAGAAAAUACUUAAAUGAUUGCUCACUCUUCGAUACCGAAUAUACCCCAGGUUUAUUCAUGGACAAAGAAAAAUUAAUAAUUAUAGCCGUUUAUGUUGAUGACUGUAUUAUAGCUGCUAAAGACAAUAUAAUACUAAAAAGGUUUAUUAAUAAACUAAAAGAAACCUUUGAAUUAAAAAUAGUCGGAACAAUGGAUAAAGGCAUUCUAAAAACUGAUAUUUUAGGAAUGGACUUAGACUAUAACAUAACAAAGGGGGAAAUAUCCUUAUCAUUGGAAACAUACUUAACAGGUAUAGAAAAUGAUUGGAUUGAUGAAUUAAAAUAUAUAAAAUAUGACAACUCCCCUCAUUGGUCAAGCUAUAAUUACAAAGAUGACCUAAUCCCAAUUCUAUCAGAAUCAAGGAAAAAGGAAAUGACCAAAAAACUCCAAAUAAUGUCAGGAAUAAUAAACUAUAUACUGACGAGAUGUCGUUACGAUAUUGCAUUUGCAGCAAACAAAUUGGCGAGAAUAGUUAACUCACCAAAUGAGCAAUCAAUAAAAAUAGCUCAUAAAAUAUUAAAAUAUCUAUUCACUACAAAAAAUCAAAAAUUAAUUUAUCUAAGAGAAAAUGGAAGCAAACCAAUUAUAGAAAUAAUCACAGAUGCAUCAUUAGGUACAGAAUGGGAUCAUAAAUCUAGAAUUGGUGUCAUGGUAUGGUAUGGCAGAAAUUUAUAUAAAGUUAUAUCAAGAGCGACAACUUCAAUUAGGGAAUCUUCCACUGAAGCUGAACUCGAUGCCAUCUAUGAAGGGUACAAGGAAGGAAAAUUAUUGAAAAAGGUUUUAGAAACAAUAAACAUUUCAAAUAAUAUAAAAAUUAAUAUAUUUACUGACUCAAAACCUGGCAUACAGUUUUUAAACAAGAAAUAUAGAUCCAAGAAACGAGAUAAAUUUCUAGAUUUAAAGGUAGCAAAACUUACGGAACAAGUCCGAGAGAAUAUAAUUGCUAUAGGAAAGAUAACUGGAAUAUUUAAUGUUGCUGACAUAUUGACAAAACCAGUAACUACUAUUCAAUUCAAGAAAUUGGUUGAAUGUUUGGAAAAUAAAUUGCACCCAGGAGACAUUCUUCGUAUAUCUGAAUUAGGAGAAUCCGAAUCCAAGGACAAGAAGAAGAUGUUGAUGAUCAGUUAA